AUGAAAAUGGAUUUCCUUUGUUGCGACACAACUGCAAGCCAGGGACUCAAAUCGACGGCGGAUGCCGAAGCGCGAUCGGCACUUCAGCGCCACAGGGAAAUCGAGGCAUAUCUCGCGUCGGAAAAGGAGAGAUCGAACAAGAUCAAGAGGACAGCUUUGCUCGGUAUCCGGGGAUCAGGAAAGUCGACCGUGAUGAAGCAACUGCAUUAUAUUCACUCUAAUGGCUUCUCCGAGGAAGAGCGGCGCAAAGCACGCUCUGUUAUAUUGAUAAGCCUUCUCCGAAACUUCAAAGAUUUGCUACGGAACAUGGAUGACGAGGGAAUUACUUUCGAUACAGAAAUUGCCAAGAUAUCUGCCGACCUCAUUGCGGAAACGGAUGCGGACAUGGAUGUCAAUGUGCAUGCACUCUUCAAUGGGUCUCCAGUAGAUGCAGCUAUUUGCGAAGCCAUGAAGAACGUGCGGCAUGAUCCUGCAAUUCCGCUCAAGAUUUUGCUUAGCUUUUACAACGCUACCGAUCGUCUCACCGCCCCCACGUGGCUCCCCAACGAGCAGGAUAUCAUCCAAGCACAAAUCGGGUCACUGAGGAUCGCUGAAAUCUCCUUUCACAUGGAUCUAAUCACUUGGGAAAUGAUUAAUAUAGCUAAUUUUGGAAUGCAGGGGCGAAGGAAGCAACUGCACCAUUUUGAAGAUGUUGAUUGCGUGAUCUAUGUCGUGCCACUUUCCGAUUACGACAGACGUGUGGUCGAGGACGACACUAGUACGGUGAUGCACGAGAUAAUAAUAGAAUUCGAGUCUUCGACCUACUACAACCGAUGGUUCAAGAACAAGCCUUUCAUUAUCCUCUUGAACAAAGUCGACGUAUUCAAGGAAAAGCUCGCUGUUUCACCGCUCUCCAGAUAUUUUCCCGACUUCGAUGGUUCGAAUACGGACUUCUCGGCUGCUGCAGGCUAUUUUGCUAAUCGUUUCCGAGCAUUGGCAACCGCUAGAGCGGGGGGCCGUCAAGUCCGCACAUAUUUCACAAAUGCUACCGACACUGCCUCAAUUAAGGCUACGAUGGAAGCUAUUCAUAGUUCCAUAUUUUGA